CCUAGAGAAAAUUUUAAUUUUAAUGAUUGAUUAUAAACUAAGUAUUUAGAUGCUUUAUUACAUCUUAAUUUUCAUAUGUAAUAUACGGGUUUCACAUGGUGUAGAUCUGUUUUAUCCACUAGGGCUUAGAGACGAAAUAGGGGUUGUGAAUAUUCCAGCAGGAAGUAACCCAAGAUAUAACGUAAAUGACCCACAUAACCUAGUAAUUGAUAUAUUAUCCAACAACAACCCUAAUGUAUAUAAGGUAACAACAAAGUCAGGAUAUACUAGCACAGUGAGGUAUUCCUCAGAAGAUGGAUACGUAAUAAGAAAGGUAGUUUAUGGAAACAAGGCAGUUUGGGAAUGUACAACAAAAUUUGAAGUAGCGAAAACGGUAGAAGCAGUACGCAAGAAAGGGAUGCUCCAGCUGGUUUCAGUUAAAAAUGGCCAGCUGGAGUCCUUUUUUAGAAGGGAAAAAUGUAGUUUUGUGACUGUAGAGACAGGACAAGAGUAUUCGAAACUGAAAAGGUCUCUGGAUAAUGAGAGUUAUUUCUUAGAUACCUGGGUUGAAAUGGACUUGAGCAUGUCAGACCCGGUGAGUAUAUUUUUCUCGAGAGAUAUUUAUUAUGAGGAGGGAGUAGCAACUUUUAAACUGAUGACUUUGAAACCAUUUAAGCUAUUCAGAGUUUUUGACAGUGAAACUUUACUUAAAGUGAAAGCAGGGAAUCAGAAAACUGAGACCCUGUGGGAGUAUGACGAAAAUUUAAUGUGUGAAUGGGUUCUAGUCCACAAUUUUCAAAAUGGAACACUGCUUAAAUUACUUCUUUCUGAUGGAAAGAUUAAAGUAAAAGAAGAUUUUAAAUUUUACAAGAAAAUGGAUGGAAAUUGGCAUCCCCUGGAAAAAAAUGAGUUUGAGUCUGAAUAUAAACUCCUAAAGUCAAACGUUACAAGCAGGGAUAUAACCCUGGACCUAGGAGUGAAAACAAAAGAUGAAAGGUUUUACAGGAAACAUGAAAAGGUGGGGAAAAAUUCCCGCUUAUCGACAUUGUUUCCCAAAACAGGAUAUAAUCUAAAAAGAUUAUUUUAUGACGGACAGGAAGUCGUUUCGCUUAGUGGAGAACAAAGAUUCUCUUCAGUUCUAAUACACUGUGAAAACAACGGGAUUGCGUUUGUAAACGCACUUGCUCAUGAUAAUGAUCAAGAGGUUAAAUUGCUUUAUUUUUUAAAGGACGAGAAAGGACUUGUUUCUGUAGAUAAGGAGAAGUAUGAGUCUGAACUAAGUAACCUAAGACUUAAAGGGCCUGAAGUUGAUAGUUUGGAUUUAGACUACUCAGAUGAUAACUUAGACGAAGAUUCAUUGGAUGAAUCUCGUGAAGUUGACGACCCUAGAUUGGAGUCAUUGGUUAGGGUGAAGUUUAACGUUUUGUACGAUAUCGACGAGAACUACUUUACCAAAAGAAUAACUAAGGAAGGUGAAUUCGAACUCCAUACAGUGCUUCCAAAGGAUAAAUUUAUAAUUAACUUGGUAGAUUCUCACAGUGGAGUGGUUUGGAAGAGUGUUAAACACAACAUUAGGGUCGAGUGGCUAGUCAUUUAUUUUAAAUCUCGGACUCCUCAAGGACUUAAAUUACUCAUAUUAGGAGGAAAAGUCAGUGGAAACAAGUACUUUGUCAUGUCAGACAAAAAAUGGGAUUCUGUACCGGUGGAUACAUUUUAUAAAGCUCUAAACAAAAAUCAAGCAUAGUUUGAUUUGACCUGAUUUUGAUCAAAUAAGAUCAUGAUUUUAUUAUUUAGAUGAAUUUCAAUAAUUUG